AUGGCAGUAGCAGCAGCAGCAGCAAAGGGAGCCCCUGGCCGUAGGGCAGAGGUGGGUACAGCCCAUACUUUGGGUGUACUUGGUCACAUAGGAGGCGACUUCACACCCACCAAGGGUGCCCCCUUUAUUAAGAAGAGACUCGAUAUCUUUGAAAGACUCAUGGCAAAGCAACAACAAGAGAUAAAGGGUAUUUUUGCUGCUGCUGUGCUGUGUAUGGCGGUUUUGUUCUUGCUGCUGCUGUGGAUGGCGAUUUUGUUGUUGCUGCUGCCGCUUACGAUGGUAGGAUAUGAGGCGGGCAGCGGAGCUUCUUCUUCUUGUUUAGCGGCAGCAGACUCAGAUGAGACGGAGGAGACAGCAGCGGAGGGUUGCUGCUCUGGUAACCAGCAGCAGCAGCAGGAGGCGGGGGCUGUCGUUUGGCAGCUGUGGGACUUGACUAGGCCUCUUGAGGACAAUUGUAAACUCCAAAUUCUUAAAUUUGAUGAUCCAGAAGCACAAAGUGUCUUUUGGCAUUCAAGUGCUCACAUCCUUGGACAAGCACUGGAGGCGGAGUUUGGUGCUUUGCUGACGGUGGGCCCGGCAUUAAGACCAGGGUUUUACUACGACUGUUAUAUGGGGGCGCACACAAUGAACGAGGGUUUGCAUGCAUCAAUUGAAGCAGCUGCGCAGCGGAUAGUGUCGGAGGCGCAGCCUUUUGAGCGUUUGGUGUGUUCUAAAGAAGAAGUAUUAGAAAUGUUUGCAGAUAAUCCUUUCAAAUUAGCUCUUAUUCGUUCCAAAGUGCCCGAUGGCAGCAGGACAACCGUUUACAGGUGUGGGGCCCUAGUGGACAUCUGUAGGGGUCCCCACUUGCCGUCCACUGGUCUAUGCAAAGCAUUUGCAGUAACUCGUCAUAGUGCUGCUUACUUCUUAGGGAACAGCAGCAAUGACAGCUUACAGCGUGUGUAUGGAGUUUCUUUCCCUGAGAAGAAGCAACUGCAGCAGCAUCUGGAGCUGCUGCAGGCAGCAAAAGAAAGGGAUCACCGCCUCCUAGGACAGAAGCUUUCUCUCUUUUUCUUUGAGACAAAUGUCUCCCCUGGCUCUGCUUUCUGGUUGCCUGAGGGUGCAAAGGUUUACAACAAGUUGGUGGAGUUUCUAAGACGUGAGUAUCGCUUGCGUGGUUUUAAAGAAGUUAUAACACCAAACAUUUUCUCCUGUGACCUGUGGAAGACCAGUGGUCACUACGACAAUUAUAAAGAAAAUAUGUACCUCAUGUCUGUGGAGGGAAAAGAGUGGGGAUUAAAGCCAAUGAAUUGCCCUGCCCAUUGUAUGAUGUUUAAACACAUGGCCCCUUCUUAUAGACAGCUUCCUCUGCGUCUAGCAGACUUUGGUGUCCUUCAUCGUGAUGAGGCCAGUGGCUCUCUCUCGGGUCUUACGCGUGUCCGUCGCUUCCAGCAAGACGAUGCGCACAUCUUUUGCACUUUAGAGCAGGUAGAGGAAGAAGUGGCAUCUGCUCUUGAGUUCCUCUUCUAUGUCUAUGAGCAAUUUGGCUUCUCCUUCUCUCUUGCGCUUUCCACGCGCCCUCUCAAGGCCAUCGGGCGCAUCGAGACCUGGAACCAGGCAGAAACUGCUCUUCAGAAUGCCCUCGAGAAAAUCAAUAGACCUUGGAAGCUAAACCCUCAGGACGGGGCCUUCUAUGGCCCGAAGAUAGAUAUCCAGCUCUGGGAUGCUCUCAACAGGCCCCACCAAUGCGGCACGAUUCAGCUUGACUUCCAACUUCCCAUUCGCUUUAACCUCCAGUAUAAAACACAAGAAGAAACAGCCUCUGCAGCAGCAGCAGCAGCUGCCGCUGCUGCUGCUAAGAAUGAUGCGCACGACGAACAGGCUCAUGCACAGGGGAACGGAAAGGACAGCAGCAACGGCAGCAGCGACGCCAACAACAGCAGCAGCAGUGUAGAAGGACAUCUUAAACCCGGCAUGGCACGACCAGUCAUCAUCCACAGAGCCAUCCUGGGCUCGAUAGAGCGGAUGUGCGCCGUUCUGUUGGAACACACAGGCGGGAAGUUGCCGUUUUGGCUGUCUCCCCGUCAGUGUAUUGUCCUCUCUAUAUCAGAGAAAGCAGCAGGAUAUGCAGAGACAGUUGCGGAUGUCCUACAAAGGGAAGGAUAUGACGUUGGUGUAGACGUUUCGAACAAUACAAUUAACAAGAAAAUCCGCGAGGCACAGCUGCAGCAAUGGAAUUUGCUGCUUGUUGUGGGGGAGGCAGAAAUGACUGCAAAGACAGUGACAGUGCGAAAAAGGGAAGACCCCACAAAGCAGCAGUGCAUCUCCAUACCUGAUUUGCUGCAGAUGCUGAAGCAAAUGGGAAUGCCUGUCUCCAAGCCCCCUGUAGAUCUCAACGAAGGAUGGAAACGCCAAGACAACGCCUAA